CUGAAUGCCGACUGAGUAUUUCAUGUCAGUAGCUGUGCGGUGAGGGCGUGCGGGGCGGCUGGAAGCACUCGCUGGUAAAAGGAUGCUGUUGGUGAGGUACUAGCGCAUACACGUGUGUAUGUGCCCGCUGGUCAGUGUUGUUGCCUUCCGACAAUUGACUCCACAAACACUUUUUUCUUCUGCAGUCUUUCCAUAACAUAUGGAUCACUCUGGAUGUGGAUUAAGAACUGAGGAGGCUGUUUAACCACAGCUCUGCCUGCAGCAGCUGAGCACCUUUAGGUGUUGCAGAAAGGGCAGCCGUCGGCACAGGGGCCAGCACAGCCCUGGCAGCGGGCACCCCACACCCCUCUGUGCCGCGUCCCUUCCUGAGAGCUUGCAUCUCUCAGCCACAUCUAUAAUAAACUGCACUAGUUUAGGUUGUAUUUUCUUUGCACCAACUGACAUUUUUUCGGAAGGACUGAAUGAUUUGUCAACAAAACGGGUAGUCCCUAUCGCUUGUCAUGUGGCCUUGUUGAACCUCAUGAGGUUUGCACUGGCCCACCUCUCAAGCCUGUCAAGGUCUCUGGAUGGCAUCCCAUCCCUCCAGCAUAUCAACUGCACCACUCAGCUUGGUGUCAUCUGCAAACUUGUUGAGGGCGUACUCAAUCCCUAUGUCAUUGACAAAGGUAUUAAAUAGUAUUGGUCCCAGUACAGACUUCUGAGGAGCACUGGUCAUUACUGGUUUCUACAUGGGACAUUGAGCCAUUGACUGUAACUCUGAGUGCAGCCAUUCUACCAAUUCCUUAGCCAUCUAACAGUCCGUGCAUCAAACCUGUAUCUCCAGUCCUCCACCUUUUCCUUGGUUUCAGUCUUCUGCCUUGUCAGCUCUGCAGCUCAUCAGACCUUUUCACAGGCUAAUUUAACUUACUAUAAGAGCAGAAAAACUUGUGCUUUACUGAGUUUUUUGCUGCUCUGUGAGUUCAGCUAGCUUGUGGAAAGUCUGACAAAGACGUCAGCUGUUAGAGAAGGUGGGAAGAGGGAAACGAGGAUAGAGGAGACCUCCCUGUUCUGCAGCAGUGACCCAUUAGAUCAACUCAUCUACUCAAUGAAACAUGAGCAUAACCUUAAUAAUUAUACCAGGUCCAAAGCAUAGUUUGUUUUACAUUUUUCAAGUAUCCAGGGUAAAAGAAGGAAAGUAACAUAAAUGGUUUAAAACAUGGUCCAGUAAGCUUGAAAGUGCAUUCCUGUGUACUUUCCUAUCUGUAAUGUGGAAUUUACAUGUUGCUACAAUGGCUUGUUUCAGCCCUUAAUACAUUAGUCUUUUAAUUGACUUGGUUUUUUUGGCAGUUGUUGACCUGAUGCCCGAUUUUUGUACAUUGUGCAAAGAUCACUAGUAACUUGCUGUAACAUUACGAAUACUGAAAAGUGCAGGCAAGCCACUUGGUACCACGCUACGUAUCUAGCACCGUCAGACCUGUUUUAUUUGCUUGUUGAGUUUAUGUCUUUGAAAUAAAAGGACAAUUAAUACUUAAAGUUUAUUAUGUUCAUAAGUGCAGUAAAAGUCCUUACUCCAGUACUGUAGUGCUGGGUGAUUACAGUUGAGGGAGAUGUUGUACAUCUCGGAACAGUAUUUAAGCUUUAAAAAUAAGAGCAGAAGUAUCAGAGAACAUAACAAAAGCCCUUGCUUUCCUUUUGAGAGUGAUGACAGGGAAAACAGGGACUUGCAAAGAAAUAAAUGUUUUAUAAACCCAAGGCAAGCUUAGAAAGGAAUAACCUGCAGGUUCUUAGUGUUGCUAAUCUUGAGUGUGAGUUGUAUUUAUGUGGUGAGAAAUUGCCUGGAGUUCCAGUCAUGUGAUCUGUGUAUUUUAUUUGCUCUGGAGAGCUGAGACUGCUGCAGGCCAAGGAAUUGACUAAAAGCCCCCUGAACAAUAGUUAGAGACAUUUUCUUGCCUGCUGUAGGAUGGGGAGUAAAGUUAUGUGUUUUAGCAUGGCUGAUCUCUGCACAACUUGCAUUACGAAAAUCAGGUUCCUGGCUAGACUAAAUAUAUCGUAAUGGAGUUGUGUCACAGCGUGAUAGUGAUAUUGCUGCUGUGUGAAAAAUUGGAGAGCUUGCCUUUCCUUUAUAGUCCACAAGCUUGUAUACUUUCACCUAAUUCAUGAAUUUUUAGCUAGGUUGAGCCUGGGACAAUGCUGUUUCUUGUACACCUUCCAGCUCUACUUUGAAAACUAAACAUGCUCUCUAAAGCAUGUGGGUUCAUAUUUUUAUGUUCUCACUAUCCGUUACCACCAUUAGUUUUAUAAGUCAGGGUAUACUGUCUUCACAUGCUGCAGCCUGGUAGUUUUGGAAAGUGCUGCUGAAGACAUUGAAAGUGUCGAUAGGACACACCAUCAUCUGAUAUUGACCCUUUCAAGUUGCUGUUGCGGACCGAUUUGAAAUGACUUGUUACAUUUUCCUACUGAACUGGUUUUGUUCAUGCUCUGUUGGUUUUUAGUAUUCUGUCCAGUUCUGUAGGGUCUGUCCUUGCCCAGGAUUAUAAAUGGUUUUGGGUUGAGCUGGUAUUUACGCAGGUCUCCAAGAAUGCCCUGGGAAAUUUCUUUUUUUGAAAUGAACUAUAAUCUGAGUUAGUGCUGUAGUGUAAGAAAGGGUUGAAAGGGCAUCAUGAUGUGGGAGUGGAUGUUAUUCAGUGGAAAUAAUGAAAAGGGAACAGUCGUGGCUGAAGGAAAGGUAUUACAUUGAUGACUUCACAAUUUAACUUACCUUAACUUCCUCCUUAACGCCUUAAGGAGGUAUGCAUUUAUUCUAGUUUGUUCCAUAUGAAAUCAGCAGGAGCAGAACGGUCCCUGUAGUUCUAAACUUCAGUGUUUUUCUGUCUGAUUCAAGGUUAUUGUGGUGUAGUUGACAAAGGUAUAGUUAGCCUCAGUGCCAGUGAAUAGACUUAAGGAGCUGCCUUCUGAUAUACGCCCGGUUCAUACUGAAGUUGUUCUCCACAAAUACAUUUCUGUGUAUGUGUGACAUGUGAGAAGACCAAAUUAGGCCCUGAAUAUAAGAAAUCAUUUGGAGUAGAAUAUUCAGUGUCACUUGUAAAAUAUGCAGUAGAGUUAUAUAGGAGUGAUAACCGUGGAAGACCUCUAGUUUGCUAGGAAGUCUAUAAUAGUGUUAAAAUAACAUCAGGAGAGGUUUCCAAAAAGUGACAGUAACAGCAGGAUGCCCUUCUUUAGUUAAGAAUUGUUACGUUUGCAGGACAAACUUUUAAUAGUUUAGUAUGCAAUAAAUUCACUGGUUUGAAAGAUGCAACAGUGGGGUUUUUUUUAAAUGUUCCUCAGCAGCCAUCUCUAACUGUAUGGGAUCUUGUUGUACCCAUGUUUUUUGUUCUCUCUGAGGGUUAGGUGCAGUAAGCAGAGAUGCCCAGGCACAAUAUCUACAUUUCUGCAAAGUGUAGUGUACUUGGAAAACGUGAGACCUUGUAGAGUGCAAAGAAUAGAUAAGAUUGCAAAUUCAGGGCCUAAACUGUUAAAUCUAUUACGUGACUUAAUGGAAAGUUUUGAGUUCAUAAUCUGCACUAGAAAAUAAGUGUUUUCAGUUAAGAAAAUACUCUUCUGAAUUAAUUUCCUCAGGAUAUACAGGCUGCAUUAUUGUUGGUAUCUUCUCUUUUUUUUUUUCUCCAAAUUUAAUCUAAUUUUUCUUUAAUUGUUUUAUUCACUUCUUAUUUUUCAGGAGUCUUUGAAAAAGCCUUAGUGGUCAUGACAUUGUUACAAGUGAAAUAAAUUAGCCAGUGGCUCAGAAUGAUGGAUACCCAGAAGACUACAAAUGGUUUGCAAGUGAUUGGAGAAGGGACUGGUAUAGGGAAAUCGACACUCCACAUGGUGGGGUAUUUGGGAAAAAAUUGUAAUCCCGAGGAAACAGCUGCACAUGAGCAUUGUCCAGUCUGCAAAGAGAAGGGCCAGAUCCAAGUUUUACGGACUUACCGCAUUAAUUUUCAAGAGUCCAUUUUUCUUUGUGGAAAUCCUCAGUGUAUCUACCCUCUUGGUUAUAAACCAUUGAACAGCAUAAUUACUUCUGCUGAUUCAGAAAAUCAUCAAGUUCCAUCUACUGAUAAGAAAAGGAAGUUGUGUGAUGUCAGUGACUUUUCUUCUGUUGAAUCACAUCCAAAAAAAGCAAGAACGAAUAAUGUGGCAAAUGGUGUGCACAGUAUCAAUACAGACCCUGUUGUCAAAAGCUAUCAGAAUGGUUUAUGUCUUCCCAAGUCAAGCCUACAUGACGUGUUACAAAAUGACCAGCAAAAACCUAGUAUCAGUGUGGAGGCCUGCAUGCAGAAUGUGGAUUUUGAAACAACCACAAACACCAACAACUCUAAAGCAAGUCCACCUAAGACUUCUAGUCCCAGAACUCAACUCUUCUCAAAUUCUGAACUUUCCUCAACAACACCUGAAAUUUUGCUCAAAGGUGAUAAAGGUUCCGGUAAUAACACAGAUGUAUGUCUUCAGUGGAGAAAUGUGCAUAACCUUUGUUGGUUAGAUUGUAUUUUGUCAGCACUGGUACACUUACAAACAUUAAAAUUUGCUUUAGCAGAAGAAUAUAAUGAUGGAAAAUGUUUACUCCAGGAACUCUUAGCAAAAUAUAAUCAAGCAACUGUUCUUCUAAAUACGUGUAAAAGGAGUAAAGUAAAAGAUGCUCUUCCAAAAGCAGAAUCUCAUCUCAGUGAAAUCAGAAACAGAAUGCUCACACAGCUUCAGGCUCAGCUUAGAUGUGAAUUUGGUAAGAAGGAGAGUCCAGUGUUUGCACUGCCUCUACUCUUACAACUGGAUCAACAAGCUGAGAAACUAUUCUUGCAUUCAUUUUCAUGGAAGUUUGAAUGUGCAUGUUGUGGCUACAAAUACCAGAACCGGUUUAGGAAAACACUAACGACAUUCACAAAUAUAAUCCCUGAUUGGCACCCACUUAACGCUACUCAUGUUGGACCAUGUAAUAACUGUAGUGAUAGAUCUCAAAGAAGACAGAUGGUUUUGGAAAAAGUACCCUCAAUAUUAAUGUUACAUUUCGUAGAAGGCUUGCCACACAACAACCUGGAGAACUAUUCAUUUCAGUUUGAAGAAAACACCUACCAAAUAACGUCUAUUGUUCAGUAUCAAACAGAUAAGCAGCACUUCAUAACCUGGUCUUUGAAUUCUGAUGGAAGUUGGCUUGAAUGUGAUGAUUUAAAGGGGCCAUAUUGCAAGAGACAUACAAGUUUUGGAGUUCCUCCUUCAGAGAUUCAUAUUGCUAUCUGGGAAAAGAAAACAUCACACGUGUCAGAAGAACCAAAUUCACAGUUCCAGAGUAGAAAUAUUGAAGAUUUUCCUCUCAAUAAUGUACAGUCAGAUUCCACAGUGUUACACUGUGGUUUUGAUAACACUGUAGACAGAAUACCUGCAGAACAUGUCAAAGAGGAUUCUAUGAGAAAUCCAGAUAAGAAGCAGCAGCGGGUAGCUGAGGAUGAAAGUAUCGUUCCUCGUGGUUUAGAAAAUCUGGCACAUGAUGAUCUUGCAACACUGAUGCUUGAAGAAAUUCAAGUUAACUCAGAAGGUAAAUCACUGCCAAAUGGGCAAGUGGUGGGAAAUAACCCUGUUGUUGAAAUGGGCACACCCCAACAGCAGGAAUCAGCUUUUUCACCUCACACUCUGUGUACAGGAGAGUUUGCUGGAACUAGUCUAACUAUGAGCAAUAAAUGCAUGUUAUAUGAAAAUUCCGGCAUCUGCUUACCUCUAGAAAAGUUGAACCCAACAAAUAUUACUCCUCCUGUGCCCGAAACCCACCACCCUGACCCAUCUGACUCACUUGCUCAAAGAACAGAUGGCAGAACUGAUUUGCAUGGAUUAAAUUCAGAACUACAGCUAAACAAGAAGUUGUCACCAGUAGAGAAUAUUAUACAAAAAUCACCUGACUUAAAAGAUGCAAGCAAAACUGUAGUGAAUUCUCAGGUUGCCAAUUCUGCUGCUGCCAAUAAUUCUUUUCAGCCUUCACACAAAGACCAAAAAAGAGGAUUUGUAGGAAGCUGGGUAAAGAAAUUAUUAAAGAAGAAUACUUCUUUUAUGCCUUCGAGUGCCUCAGCUCUGAAGAAUGAGAGAAGUUGCAGAACUCCCUCAAUGCAAAAAAUAAGUGAGGUGCAGUUGCCAAUUAAGGGAGCAAGUAACUUUGGUGGAUUUCAAAGCAGAGGUACAAACAAAAUCACUGAGGCCCUGAAGUCAGUGGUUCCUCAAAGCAAUAAUAUUCAUCGUUUAUCAACUUUUAGAGGAUUUUCUCAAAGCACUCGUCUUCCAACAGCAAGUCAUACCACUACUGAAGGUCCAACAUGGACUAAGUCAGGAAGUACUUUAGGUACCUCAGGUAAAGCUACUCAGUUCCAGUCACAUAGCCAUAACUCUGCGAAGGCAGAGGAGUCAGAGAGUGACCAAACAAAAAAACUUCGGCUAAAACUGUUAAAAAAACUUAAUGCUAAAAAGAAGAAGUUGGCUUCAUUAGAUAGGCUGGCAGUGGAACAGAUGAAACAUGGAAAACCUGUGAAUGGAGAUAAAAGCACUGCACCACAGGCAGAAUCUCACAACGACAGUGAAUUAUUGCAGAGCUUUUUAAGGGAGCUGCAGUGUCAGAUUGAUGCUGCAGAUAAUGCAUCUGAAUUCAGCACAAACUCUGUAUCAGGGUGCACUAACAAUGAUGAAAUACUGGCAGAGUUACUGUCCCCUACUUCAACUGUUGCUUCCUUAGAGGCUCCAAAAAGUGAGGAUGAAUGUAUGUAUAUGGAAAUGGUGGAUAGCAGUGUUCCAGCAACAGCGUCUGAUGAGAAGACCAGUGUGCCACAUGCAGCAGUGACAAGUGAGGACCAUAAUUAUUACAGUCCUGGAAAGGACAGUAAUUCAGAACUUCAUACAGUAAGCAAAUCCAGUGUGAAAAAACUUGCUUUUGAAAGUCCUACAAGGGAGGACAUCCUUGAAGACCUGUUCUCCAUUUCAGCACCGAGCUCAAUGGCAGGUGACAUAGACUUACCUCAUUUUGAUGAAACUUUGUUUGAAACUUGGUAAAUAUUCGGUUUCUUGGGUUUGAGUAUUUUUCAAUAUUAUGUAUAUUUUGAAACAAAGCACUAUUAAAUUAUAUUUUCUAACUAGUUUAAUUGCACACUGGCUGUACUUGAACAAUUUCUAUUUGAGGUUGGUUUUUUUUUUAUUUUAUUGUAGCAGACAAAUAAGGUUUUAAUGCAUUUUAUUAUUCUGAGAAGCAGUUAUUUUACCUGUCAGAUAUAAUGAUGACUUUUAACUAAAAGCACCUAUGAGUCUUAAUUUUUGCUGCUUUUAAUAUGGAAAACUUAUCCAUAUUCUACUGAGUUUGAGAAGUAAUAAACUUCAGUAGUCUUCAUGAUGUAAUGGUAUAAGAAAUAUUGUUUAGGUAGUAGUGAUCACCCAAUUCAUGAAGUUACUUUGUCUGACAUUUAAGAAAAACCCCAAGAAAACAAAAGUACCUUCUGUAACCAGAGAUGUUUGCAUCCUUUGAUACAAAGAUCAUUUGCAACACUAAACUGGAGGCUGUUAUUCUGCUAGGAACUCUGUUCUCAAAAUUACUGUUGUGUAAGCUCACUCUGAUGUGUACACCCCUUGGAUCCAAGGAAGGGCAGAUGCAUGGUAGACAUUUUCCUAUUUAAAGUUAGGGCAUGUAUUGAAUUUUCAUCCUGGGUAACUGAAAAUACAAUUUGGCAGAAUAUUCUUCUGAGCCAGGUUAUUUUUUAAGUAAAAUUACUAAGAUUCAGGCCAAUGUUUGCAGCACUGAGAAGGAAUAUCAGAUGUAACUGUAGAUUAUUCAUAGCUACAAAUUCACUAAUAGAAGAAAGGUUUCUAAGAAUUAAACUGUAAGUUAACACCCAUUACUGUUGUCACUAGGAGAUUUUCAUGGCUAGAACAGUGUACCCCAUCUAUAUGUGAGUGUGCCAAGGAGAGGCAAGGCCAAUAGGAAGAAAAUAAUGGAAAAUGUGGCAGUGCAGCAGUGAGUAAGCAGAGGGAUUCACAUCUUGGUGUUUCUGGAUUUGUGUAGCUUCCAUUUUGAUGGUUGGGAGUCUUUUAAAUUCACAGACACAGACCUCAGGAUAUUAUAUGCUAAAUUAGAUUAGCUGUACAUUUUUCUUGCACUUGAAAAUAACAAGAUUUUUCUCUGCAAGUCUUUAUUUCAGUCAUUUUUAGAGGUAUUCUGCAUUUUUUUCAUUGAUUUGGAUCUCAAGUUAAAAGAAUUAAAUCCUCAGUCUUGCUCUUCCAGUAGGUGUAGUUGAACGUAUUUGUUAUUACAAGGCAUGGCUACAGAUCUAAACGGUCUUGGAUUGCUUGAACCGGGUUCAAGAAGUGUUUGAAAAACUGUCAGUGGCACUGAACUCACCUUGCCAAGCUAUUUCUGUUGCAAUUACAUACACGUUUAUGGAACUGGCACUUCAGGCAAGGAAUGGUUUCAUUCUUGAGAUACAAGUCUUUGUAAAGAACUUGAGCUCCGUCUUUGUUUUCAGUGUAAUUGGUAACGUUACAGUAGAAAACAAAUCCACGGAUUCUGAAUGCAAAGUGCCGGUGUACAGCUGGUGAGAUAUUGGCCUGUUUGUGAAUUCCCUCAUUAAAAAUCUUAAAAUGCUGACCAAAA